AUGACUUUUGCCGAGCUUGUGGACCGCGUGGCCAGCAACGGGCCGUUCCAGUUCCUGCACACUGUCCUGCUGGGCCUCCCCAUCCUCGGCAUGGCCAACCACAACCUGCUGCAGAUCUUCACAGCCGCCACCCCCACCCACCACUGCCGCCCGCCACCCAACGCCUCUGCGGGGCCCUGGGUGCUCCCCAUGGGCCGGAACGGGAAGCCUGAGACGUGCCUCCGUUUCACAUAUCCAUCCAACGCCAGCCUGCCCAAUGACACCCAGGGGCCCACCGAGCCCUGCCUGGAUGGCUGGACCUAUGACGUCAGCUCCAGGGACUCCAUCGUGGCUGAGUGGGACUUGGUGUGCAACUCCAACAAACUGAAGGAGCUGGCCCAGUCUAUCUUCAUGGCGGGCAUACUGAUUGGUGGGCUCAUGCUGGGAGCCCUGUCUGACAGGUUUGGCCGCAAGCCCAUCCUGACCUGCAGCUACCUGCUGCUGGCGGCCAGCGGCUCAGGCGCAGCCUUCAGCCCCACCUUCCCCACCUACGCAGUCUUCCGCUUCCUGUGUGGCUUCGGCAUCUCAGGCAUUACCCUGAGCACCGCCAUCUUGAAUGUCGAGUGGGUGUCCACCCGGAUGCGGGCCGUCAAGUCGAUUCUGGUCGGUUACUUCUACACCUUUGGACAGUUCAUUCUGCCUGGCCUGGCCUAUGCCAUUCCCCAGUGGCGCUGGCUCCAGCUAACCGUGUCCAUUCCCUUCUUCGCCUUCUUCCUGUUGUCCUGGUGGCAGCCAGAGUCCAUCCGCUGGAUGGUCCUGUCUGGAAGAUCCUCCAAGGCCCUGAAGACACUCCGGCAGGUGGCAGCCUUCAAUGGGAAGAAGGAGGAAGGACAGAAGCUCAGCCUGGAGGAGAUCAAACUCAACACGCAGAAAGAAGUGGCCUUGGCCAAGGCCAAGCGCAGCAUAGCUGACCUGUUCCGGACACCCAUCCUGCGCCGAAUGACCUUCUGUCUGUCCCUGGCCUGGUUUUCCACCGGCUUUGCCUACUACAGUUUGGCUAUGGGCGUGGAGGAAUUUGGAGUUAACCUCUACAUCCUCCAGCUCAUCUUUGGGGGGGUCGACGUCCCAGCCAAGUUCAUCACCAUGCUGGCCAUAAGCUAUCUGGGCCGGCACACCACCGAGGCUGCUCUUCUGCUCCUGGCAGGAGGGUGCAUCCUGUCUCUCAUCUUUGUGCCUGCAGACUUGAUGACCCUGAGGACAGUGCUGGCUGUGUUUGGGAAGGGAUGCUUAUCAGGCUCCUUCAGCUGCCUCUUCCUCUUCACGAGCGAGCUAUACCCCACAGUCACUCGGCAAACAGGUAUGGGCAUAAGUAAUAUGUGGGCCCGUGUGGGAAGCAUGACAGCCCCCCUGGUGAAAAUCACGGCGGAGCUGAAACCCUUCAUCCCCAACGUCAUCUUUGGGAGCAUCGCCCUCCUGGGAGGCAGCGCAGCCCUCUUCCUGCCUGAGACACUCAAUCGGCCCUUGCCAGAGACUAUUGAGGACGUGGAAAACUGGUCCCUGAGGGCAAAGGAAUCAAAGCAGGAGCCAGAAGCAGAAAAGGCAUCCCAGAGGAUCCCUCUGCAGCCUCAUGAGCCGGGCCUGGGCCCCAGCUGA